AUGUUCAACGUCAUAUUUAAGAGAGGUUUGGCCACUGAGGUCAAGGCUGCUGCUCCAAGAUUAAAGACCUUCAAGAUUUACAGAUGGAGUCCAGAUACCCCAGCUGAAAAGCCACGUUUGCAAGAAUACAAGGUCGACUUGAACCAAUGUGGUCCUAUGGUUUUGGAUGCUUUGAUCAAGAUUAAGAACGAACAAGAUCCAACCUUGACUUUCAGAAGAUCCUGUAGAGAAGGUAUCUGUGGUUCUUGUGCUAUGAACAUUGGUGGUAGAAACACUUUAGCCUGUUUGUGCAGAAUUGAUCAAAAUGAAAAUAAGCAAACUAAGAUUUACCCAUUGCCUCACAUGUACAUUGUGAGAGAUUUGGUGCCUGACUUGACUCACUUCUACAAGCAAUACAAGUCUAUCCAACCAUAUUUACAAAGAGAAAAGGUCCCAGAAGAUGGUAAGGAAAACUUGCAAAGUAUUGCAGACCGUAAGAAGUUGGAUGGUUUGUACGAAUGUAUCUUGUGUGCUUGUUGUUCCACAUCUUGUCCAUCUUACUGGUGGAACCAAGAACAAUACCUAGGUCCAGCCGUGUUGAUGCAAGCUUACCGUUGGUUAAUCGACUCUAGAGAUGAGGCCUCGGGUAUCAGAAAGCAAAUGCUUCAAAACUCCAUGUCUUUGUACAGAUGUCACACAAUUAUGAACUGUACCAGGACUUGUCCAAAGGGUUUGAACCCAGGUAGAGCCAUUGCUGAAAUUAAGAAGGCUUUGGCUAUGGACUAG